AUGGCCAACCCCCCCGAAUUCGCCCUUAUCGGCCUCUUCCUCUCCAUCGCCCUCGUCCUGAUCUUCGGGCCAAGCAAGCGCACAGCCGAGACCUUCGCGACGGCGAACUACCCGGCGCAGCAAUCACUCAGCAGGGCCGAGACGCAGCUCGCGGAGCACUGGGCGCGGCUGGUGACUUCGCUCAUUGCGCUCGAUGACACGGUGGGCGAGGACCGCGCCGACGGGUUUGGGCGGCGCGAGGCGAUCGUCGAGCGCAUCGAGAUUGCGAGCCGCGAGCUCGCGCGCGUGCGGGCGGCGCUCAAGGGCCAGACGAGGGACGAGGACUGGGUUGAGGUCAAGCGGGCUCUGGGCAAAGGGGCGCAGUAG